AGUUUCAAAAUGCUAAUUAGAAGACUCUUGUGACACUCUAAGAGAUCAAGCCCCUGUUCUGUAACAACCCAAUCAAAGAUGAGGAGAAGCGCGAGAUUGGCGCAUUCCAGAGUUACAACCGCGCCUCGCCCGGAUGCUCUUUCAGCUUUUAUGGACCAUCACGACAUGAUGGCACCUGCUUCUGGCCCAAAGAUCAUUUCCCCACCGGAGUUCAGACCUUCAGCAACGGCAGGAGGAGGAUCAGGAGGAGGUUUCGGAACCGGGGGAGGGUUUGGGACGACAGGAGGCUUCCACACCACAAGGCUCGCGCCGUGGGAGGAACCUCGUACGAUUAUCCUUGAAGAUCCGGAGCCUGAGCCGGUCGGUACGUUGUCGCGAUGGGCGCCUUCAGUCUGUGCUAGCGACAUGGCGAACCACGUGAACAGGAUAAGGGCUGAGUUGACAGGGAAACUGGAGUACAAGGCUGUAGCAAAGGAUCCAAAGGGUCAAGACGCUCAGGCCGAAGUUCAGGGUGACGCGGCGCUCAUGGUGCAACCUGAGAGGUUCGAGUUCUUCAAAGUGAAGGUUCCGCCUGCCAAAACUGUUCUUCCUCCGGACGCGUGGUACAAGCAGGAGGGGCUGCUCACUGCCAAGGAGAGGGAGUCUAUCUUGCAGUACGAGAAGCAGAAGAGGAUGGCUGAUAUCAUCAAGGCAAAAGACAAGCACAAACAAAUGCGUCUUAUUGCUCUGAUGCAAAAGCGCUUCCCGUCAGGAGUUAUCGGGGUUGAGUCUGCAGACUGUCCUGAUACCAUCGUGUACGCGGCAGACAGGAUGGCUGCUAACUCAAAACGAGAGCAACGUGAUCUGAAGAGGUCCCAGAGGCAGGAGUGGCUGGUGCAGAACAGCUACAGUGCGCCUCACCUCGGAUAUGACUUCAUGACAGAGGUUGACCCCAACGUGCAGCCUCCUCCCGGUCUCGAACGGAGGUUGUGGGCAACGAAGAAGCGGAUCCCUAGCGAGGUGAGGGAGCUUGUCAACCCGACCAACACCUACUCGCGGGUGUUUCAAGAUGCGGGGAUAGACUACUCGAUGAACCAGCCGGAAGUGAAGUUCAGUGAUCGGACACAAAACUUGAGGAACAGAGAGACGAAUGGCAAGAAGUUUAACAUCAUCACGGGGGCACUGUACGAAUAUUGCAAUCCAUCCAUGGACGAGAAGAAACCUUCUGGAAUUUCGACAGUAGACACGCGAUCGAGGGAGCUACAUCCAAGCUUGAAUCCCGGGCCUCCUCCUCCGCACAUGACAUGGGGUUGAUCAACGAGUGGAAAUCCAGAACAUAUUCUGUUUCUAGACAGUAAAAAUAUGACAUGAAUGCCGG